UGACAUUUUAAAGGGAAAAACUGGCAGGAGAGGCUGGAUUGUUUUUAGACAUAAUGGCAUGGAUUUGGAUGUUUGUGCCUAAAGCACCUGUGAUCCUUACAACUUGCAGGGUAAGUGGGGAUCUGUAUGUGUUCCAGGUGAGGAGAGUGAGGGUCCUAGUGACUGAGUGACGUGCCCAAGGUCGGGCAGGACCAGACGAGCCUCCUGACUGUGACUGCAGAGCGCACGGCCUCUCCACCCCUCCCCUGCCUGCUAGUGGACAGGUCUUCCUCGUGGCUCAAGCCCAGGGCAGGAUGCGGGGUUUCUCCGACAGUCCUGUGGGGCCCUGGAGGGGUUGUCUCCUUCCCCAGCAUCUUGCCUUAUGCUGUCCUCGUGGUGGAGGGGCCACGGCACAGCCCUUGUAGCUGACGUCCACCAGUGACAUAAACAGUGCAGCUGGGCGCGAGGUUCCAGCAUCAGACCUCGUGCGGCCGGCUUUGACCUGGGGCCACAGAAUUAGAGAAGUUGCAUUUUCCCUUCGUUGGGCUUUUCCAGUGAUUCCAAAGAGCUUUUAAGUAAGGUUUUGAGACUUCUGAGUUUCAAUGUCUUAGAUUUUGACCCUGAAAACUUAUUGCUGAUGUUCCAGGAGUGAGCCGUGCAGGAGUUCGCAGAGAAACUUCCCUGCUUUGGGGGUGGCAGGGUAAGAGCAGGGCAGGCUGCCGCCAGGUAGCUAAUGUGACUGCUUCGCCUUUGGGGACCUUUUUAUUUCUGGCUCUGUCUCGCCCCCCUUAUCCCCCAUCUCCUCCACUUUCUCGUGUCUCCUUCCAGAGACCUGGUGUCCUUGAGUGUCCCCUGGAUGCCAGCCCCCACGGGCUGUGCUUCCGUCCCUGCUUUCCACUCUUCCUUCCUCCUGCCUUUUCAGACCCCCUUCGGGGGGGACCUGAUAGGCUGGUCUGUUCCCAGGUCCUCAGAGCCGAUGACAACACCUCUGCCAAGGGCUUUAUAUUUAGAAGGAAGGUGCUCGGAAGAAAUGAGUCUGUAAUGGUGAGAUGUGGGGCUUUGAGGCUCGAGUGUGGGAAAAGCUUUUAUUUAUGGCCUGGUUUUCAAGUCAGGUUCCACUUCAGGGUUAGCCGUGACAAGGAGGCGAAGACAGCGCGCUCAGGGACGAAAGGCGGCAGGGACAGUAGAUGUUGUGUCCCUGAGGGCAUCAAGGUGGUGGUGUUGCAGCUCCUGUUUUUUGUGUGAGGUGCUCUGAGGGGGUUGUCACUAGCCCUCACAAGAACAGUGAUGGGGUUGCUACUGUUGUCCUCCCCAUUUCACAGAUGAGAAAGCCAAGGAAGGGAGAGGCUGAGAGACAUGCCUCCCGUCUCAGCUUGUAAGGGCAGGGCUGGCGCACAGACCCAGGCAGAUCCAGUCUGGGUACCACGCUGCACUCCCGUGCUGUCUCCCCACCUCCUGGUCCGGGACGGCUCUCAUCCUUCCUUGUUUCAUGUGUGGUUUGGUGGCAUCUUCGUAGCUCUCAAAAGGCAGCGUGAUCCCAGUGCCUAGUGUGGGGCGCUGGGGAUGCUCCACGUUGUACGAGAGAGAAGAACCUCAUGGAAGAAAAGCCUUCAACCCUGGGGCUCCCUGGGCUCCUUCCCCUGCCUUUCAGUGUCCAAACAAAGGACCCAGACAUUCCACCAAAGGAGUCAUCUCCAACAGCAGCUGAGAGAAAUGGUAGGUUUGUAGGGGAAAGAAGCGGAGAGCAGGGGAUUAUUUUUCCUCCUUGUCACCGAAUCCACAUGGGGAAGCCCGUGAGUGUCCCCCUUAGUGACAGCCUUUUGUAGACCAGGUGUGCACUGAGGCGUCAUCCUGGCCUUUGCAUCACAGCCAGGCGUGACUCAGAGCCAAUGACUCACCAGUGACAAAAAUGACCAGUGAGCUGGGGGAAAAUGAGAAUCUAGAAACAGCAGAGCAAACGGAAAAUGCCAAAGUAAAUGAGCUGGGAGGGCUGCUGUUCCGCUGACGUCCUUGAGUGAGUGAGGGGCUUGGGGGCGGGGCCGAGCCGGGAAACUAAGAUACAAAAACAGGGCCCAAGAAAAGUGAGUGAAAACCUCACGAGAGAAGAAAACUGAACUGGGAGUUGAUAGUAAAUACCAAGAAUGAAGUAAAAGAAUUAAAUGGGAACAGAACAGCGACGAACCUCAGGCCCCUGCCCCCUGAUUUUAGCUUAAUUUGGGUGGUUGUACAAAGGAAAAAGGAAGCCAGUUAAUGGAGGAAAGCUGCUCUGGCCCCCUGAACUUGAUCAGGCAGCAGAAUCACUCAGCAUCCUGAGGCUCGAUUUGGGUAGUCAAAAAAAAUACUUACCUGCCCUCGUAGGGGAAAGAGGUCUUCUACAUAAUCAAAGUGUAACAUAAGGGGGACUGACGAGGCUCCCAUACCCCACGGGGAAAGGCAGCAUCUCGGACUUCACCUCUGAGGUCACCUGGAGUGCUGACAGCUGAGGGGUCCCUCAGGGUUGACACCUCCUGCCCAGUGGUCCUGCUCUGUCCGCGCCUGCAUGCCUGCCUUCUCUCCAGACAGCCACCAGAGCGCAGCAUCUCUGUAAAGUCUAAAUCCGAUCAUGGUGUUCCCAUGAUGCAGACCCUCUGGUGCUCUCCCAGUUGCUCCUGGGAAGAAAUCUCAACUCCUUAACUUGGCCUCCAAGCCCCUGCUUAGUGCACAGCCCUCAGCCCUGCCGUCCUCAGCUGGGCCGAGUUCAUUCCCACCGCAGAGCCCGGGAACUUGCCAUUUCCCCGGGGCCGGAUGCUGGUGGUGGAGGUCUCUCAGGACGAGGGAACAGGAGGACGGGCUGAGCCACGUGCACGGGCUGAAGCUUCUAGCAGCCACAGUGAAUGAGCAAGCAGGCCCAAUGAUCAACAUAAACAUGGUUCACGAGGCAGCUUACUUUCUCCUUCUGCACCAAGCCUGGGAUUGUGGUCAGCACGCUGCCAUUUGGAUGAGCCACGUUUCCUGGCUCAGUAGGCACACGGGGCGUGUGGCCGCGGAGGGACAGCGCAGCGCUGACCCGCACGUGCCGUGGCUUCACUCAGCCUCUACGACGGACUGCAGCGAUGUCCGCUUUCCUCUGUUCUCCGGCGAGAACACACGCUCCCUGGAGCCUGGACUUCUGUUUGUCCUGUUCACCGGGCGCAGCGCCUGACGCACUGUAUAUCCAGAAUAUUUGCUGGGUGAUCACACGAACAUCUGACCAAACAAACGAAACGCACCUCCGUCCUCUCCAUGUCCUGGAGACAGCUGAGUACUAGUGCCGUUUGGAGCCUCCUCUCAUCAAGGGAAUUCCGUGCACAAGGUUCCCUGUUUCCUGUAGGUCCCUAACUCUCUCACAUCGGGACUCGUGUGUUGUCAGAGACCCAUUGUGACUAUUCUUUUUUGGGCUUGUUUUGGGAGGUAGCAGCAAUACUGCAAGAAGGAUUUUCAAGAGGAAGCAGUUAGCAGGAUUGAGAUGCUGGUGGUGGUACUGCUCGAAGCUAAUCCAGAUCAGGGAUUUUCAACCGGGAGCACCAUCUAGGGACAGUUUGGGGUCACGACUGGGAGGUGCUUCCCGCCUCCGUGCUGCUAACCGAGCUACAGUUGGCACGCGGGACAGCCCUCCCUGCAGAGAAGCGUCAGCCCCGCCGUGGGUCUGCCUGACUCACGCUGGCAGCUAGCUGCCUUUCUGAUCUGCCUCUGGUAACGUCAGGGAGCUUGUUAGUUUCUGGAAACUUGACAGGUUCUGUGUCGGCCCCAUCUUUUCAUUCCCUUCUCUCUGUCCUGUAAACCUGCUCCUACUUACCAUUUUCUCUCCUCAAAGGAUGGACCAAACAGGGGCUGCCUCUGGCUGAGCAUUUGAGAUGAAAGAAAAUCAGCUCCGCUUUCACACCGUAGAUUAGAAUUCUGCAGAGAAGCCAUCUGGAGCAGCCAGCACCUGAGAGCCGUGGGGCGGUACACCUGAAGCAGCCCUGGGACGCUGUUCAGAUGCCUUUGUAGCAGAGCAACAGCAGAAACCCAUUUCUCUUCACUUUCAUUCAAGAGCAGCACAUCUGGUGGCUUGGGGACACUGAAGAAACAGGAGCCGAGAUGGAUGGCAGAGGGCAGAGUUACAGAACUUUCUAGAGUCUCUCCAGGGGCCUGUCUGAUUGCCCAAGAAGCCUUAGGGCCACGUGAGCAGCCCCAGAGGACUCCUCCCCAGUGGCCAGCAGCAACCAAGCAGCUCACACGCGCUCAGCCGCAGGCUCCCUCUGACUCGCCUGGGAACCCCGUCUGCCGGCCUCCCCACCCGCCCGGCGUCCUCGCAGCCUGCCCAGUCGAGCCAUGGAGGCCCCCGAGGUCCCUGUGGGCUCACUGAUUGACUUUGGGGCUGAGCCAUCCUCCUCCUCGCCCCUGGAGGCGCUGCCCCCAAAGCUGCAGGAUGGGGACAGCUCCCCGGGUGAGGGCGCAUCAGAGAGCGAGACUACGGAGUCUGCAGACAGCGAGAACGACAUGGGCGAGUCGCCCUCGCACCCGUCCUGGGGCCAGUACCGCCGCUCCUCCUCCAACGAGUCCUUCUCCUCCAACCAGAGCGCUGACUCGGCCAAGGACGAGGAGCCGCUGGAGCUCCGGGAGUUCAUGCGCAGCUACGUGGAGAAGAUCUUCUCCGGAGGGGAGGACUUGGACCAGGAGGAGAAGGCCCGGUUUGGAGAGUACUGCAGCAGUGAGGACGGGAAAGGCCGGGAAUGGUUCGCCCGGUAUGUGAGUGCCCAGCGCUGCAACGCCAGAUGCGUCUCGGAGCCGGCUUUCUACCGCCUGGUGCAGUCCUUUGCGGUGGUCCUGUUCGAGUGCCACCAGAUGGACGACUUCGGGCCGGCCAGGAACCUCAUGACCAUGUGCUUCACCUACUACUACAUCGGUAAACCACACCUACUCCGCUCAGAAUCCAAGGAGAAGCCGGCUGGGAGCAUCGACUCCUACUUGAAGUCGGCCAAUAGCUGGUUAGCCGAGAAGAAGGACAUCGCGGAGCGGCUGCUGAAGAGCACAUCGGGCAAGACAGAGAGUGUCAAGGGCUUCUUUGGGCUGGAGACCAAGGCGAAGGGGCCCUUGGUCAGGAGAAGCGAGGAGGAUGAGGGCAAGCCCCAGGAGAAGCCUCAGAAGACGGUGACUGUGUGCAGCCCGGAAGAGGAGAGCAGGGGGGAGAAGAUCUACCUGUACACGCACCUGAAGCAGCAGCCCAUCUGGCACACGCUGAGGUUCUGGAAUGCGGCCUUUUUUGACGCUGUCCACUGUGAGAGGAGGAAGCGGUCCCCCACGACCAGAGGGGAUGCUGGAGAGGAGGAGAAGAAGAGGGAGAGGUGGAGCCACAUGACCCAAGAGGAGCGGGAUGACAGCCUGCGCUUCAACGAGAACAUCACCUUCGGGCAGCUGGGCACGUUCACACACAACAUGCUGGCAUUCGGGCUGAACAAGAAGCUGUGCAAUGACUUUCUGAAGAAGCAGGCAGUGAUUGGCAACCUGGACGAGGAGCAGUACAAGCUGCUGAGCGACCACAUCGAGCAGACGGCCACUGAGUAGCCGCGAGAGGUGGCCCAAGGCACCCUCAGGACUGUGGCGCACGCUGCUCUCCUGGGCCAGCGGCUGGCCGUCACUCCCCUGCAUGGCAUCGGCAGCACCUGGAGCCGCUCCACGCCACCCUAGAACUAGCGGUUAGAAGAUUCUGGUCGCCCGUCCUCUCCACCUCCCCUCUGCCUGUGUCUGCUCCCCUGUCCACGUGCCAAAGUGUCCCUGGGAUUACACGGCUAAAACUGAGGUGACUGUCCACACCUCUGGCAUCAGGCCUGUGGCCGAGACAGCGGAGGAGAGAGGAUGCCUGGUCCAGGGCAGGCGCAGUGUCAGUCACAGCCUCCUGGGGGAGAGGGUGGGGCAUCCGUGGGAAGGAGGGGUGAAGGCAGCCGUGAGCCAGCACAUGCUGGUGACUCGGGGCAGUCGUGGGUGACGAUCUGGGGUCCUCCCCUGCAGGGAUCUGGGGUUCUUCUCACAGUCAGGGCUCAUGCAGAGGUGGCAGUGGGCCUUUCUGCAUCAGUCUAGGGCUGGUGCUGGCUCUUCCCCGGCUCCCCCCUCCAUGUGACAGGGACUGGAGUGACAGGAUCCUCAAGGAGGAGAGAGACGGGGACAGAGGACACUUUUUCCUGGCUGCAGAAGGCCUGGCCACAGUUGGGUGUGUGUGAGUGCUUUGGAGACGUCACAGGGAACCUAGGGGCCUGUGUCAGGCCAUCUAAGAGGUUCCUGGGCUCCUGGUAUCUUCCUUCUGAGCAGAGGAACUUCUGCCAUUCGAUCCUGGGGGUACCUUGGGGCUGUGCACCCCGUGACGAAGCACAGAAAAGUUUUUUCAGCAACUUCAAGACAGCCCGCCCUUUCUGAAGCACACAGUGUUGCUCUUGAUUUCAAAAAAGACAGAAAGGUCUGUGUCAGUGCUACAGAUGGCGGGGCAGGGGCGGCUUCUGGCGGCGACCACGUGAGAUGGGUUAGUAAGCACUUGGGAGCCUCAGCCCCCCGCCCAGCGGCCCGGGGCCUGGAGGCUCUGAGGACUCUGCGGACGCCCCUGGCCGGCUCGUGCCGGUGCCCGGGAGCCGGGGCUUUGCUCCCUGGGGUUGCACCGGGCACAGUCACCAGUCUGAGGGCACUGGGUCUGACAGACAGGCUUCCAGCAUGCCGGCUGCCCUGCUGUGGAUACUCCAUCUGCCUGGGUUCCUCUGUCCGCCCCCAGCUCGUGCUGUCCCUCCUGCCUUUGUCCCCAUCCUGUUCUCCCUCCCACCUUCCCCGGCUCGCCGUCCAGUCGCUGUGUCCUCUGGAGCACAACAGACCAUGCCUGGUCCUCAGCUCUCUCCAGUGCUCAAGGUCUCCCUCGUGCCCCGCUGGACUGUUCCCGGGUGUUGGAUGAGCUGUAGGACGUGUGUCUUGGUGAUCACAAGAGAGGUGACAUGAAGCAUGGGUGUGACAUGCUUCUCCUGGAGGACUGGGGGGCUGGGGCUUCAGAAACCCCACUGUUUUUAUGAUGAUGCGUGCGUGUGUGUGUGUGUGUGCACACGUGUGUGACUUCAGCCUCUCUGGCCCUGUCACUAAACAAAGCACAACUGUGUCACCGGUUUGCCUGUCCCGCGCGGGGGCAGGUCACCCCCACCCUGAUGUCAGGCCCAGGGAUAGUGCAUGUCUCCAGUGAAUGCAUUUCAGAGAAAUCACAUCCAGUGGCCAGGCGUGCAGGCCUGCAUGCCUCCUGCAGGCAAUGCAGCCCCUCCUGAGACCUUCAGCUAUAACCCCUGGGUGCACUGUGUUCCCUCCAGCACCCCAGCAAGCCCCUCAGGGGCGCUCUCCCCAGCUUUCCUCGUCAUUUCUUAGUGGUUAGUUGAAAUGCAUUAAGACUUUAUUCUAAGGUGCCCAAAAGACUUAUCCUUGUAUAUAUCAGAUUUUUGUAUGGAUAUUUGAUUCGGUCUGAUUUCUCGGAGAAGGGAUUCGGUUCUGAGAGUCUUUGCAGGAGUGCUGAGGGGUGCAGGGCAGCUCUCUCCCCCCUGGGGGCGGGGGCUGGGAGGGCCCCCACAGCCUUGGAAGGAAAUGCAGCUUUGAUGUCUUCAGUUUUUUCCAAGCACUUUAACUUCACAAUGAUCUUGAGACUUUUUUUCCAUAUAGGCCCCUUGAAAUAGCAAUUGAAGUAGAGGCAAGGGUUGCCAUGGGUUCGUGUUCGUGUAGAUCUAUCUGCUCAGAGUGGAAUUAGUCUGACCUCUGAGGUGCUACCUGUCAUGCUCAGCACCAGGAGGGGGCACUACAGAGUGACGAUGUCGAGGUGGCUUGGAGGCUGCUCUGCUGUCUGUCUCCUGUUGGCAGCUGCCAUUGGCUGGACAUUUCACUUUGGAGUGUCUGGCCAGUGUCACCAGAGGGGACACGGCAUCCCGAGUGGAGGCCAGCAGCUUGCCUCACUGAGAUUUCCUCUCUGUGACAUAGUCUCUUCCCCUCGGACCUGCCAGAGCAGACCCGGAGCACACUUUCCAAGGUCCCAGUGCGCAGAGAAGUCUCACCUCGCCGGACACACAGGAGGCUUUACAGAAAUAGCUCAGGACUCUGAGACUCGGUGCAGGAAGCGUUGGGUCGUAUCCAAGAAGAGAGUUUCCAGUCCCAGCAGGAUCGGUGUCCCAAGCCAGGAGUUUCGAAGGUCUGCAUUAGCAAAGGAAUUUCGGGUUUCCUGCUGUCUGUCCUUCGGGGCAGUGUGAGUCGUAGGGAGCCAAAAACAGUUCACUCUUCCAAGUAAAAAGUCCCCUGCUUUGGAAACGGUGAUAUUGAGAUGUGGCUUUGUAUGUUUUAGGCCAUUAUUAACAAUUUUAGCAAUACUGAUAGAUGUUUAAGAGGCCAUGUUAAUGUUCAGAUUGUAUCUACGGGGGGGGGGGUGGUGUGUGUGCGCGCGCGCCCGCGUGCCUUUAACCAAAGGCAGAAGAGAGCCAAGUUCCAAUAUUGUGAGUUACUCGUAAAGUGAAAUGGAGUAGACUAUGAUUUUCCAUUUGCCAAAAAACAAAGCAGGCCCAAGAGCCCUUGAAUUACCAAAAGGAGGACUAGGAAGAGUCCAGUUGCUGAGUUUUGUGUCCAAAUAAACCCUGAGAUGGUCCGGGUAAUGGGCAAGCCCCUGGGGUUUAGGACAGAGACCCUGGGUGGGCAUCAGAGAAGCCACCUGGCCUUUCUCUUCCCUCCUUCCUGGGAGUGGAGGCCAGGGGAGCCCACACCCUCCUGCCCUCCCCGGUUAGACAGCAGGGUUCACUGCUGUGCAGAGAAGGUGACAGCCCCGAGGUUUGCUUUUCUGUGAACUGUUUCCUGUGGGUUAAGCUAUCAUCCCAAGCACCUAGUAUCCCAGCCUCCCGGUGCAAGCAGCACGGCGCCCACACCACAGAGGGUUUGGCACGGGUUUUGUUUAACCAUAACCAGAGGUCAGGAUGGCAGCUACAAGCCUGACCCUACUGGCCCUGACUGCACCCUGACUAGUUGGCUUUUUAAUUAGAGGGGAUCUGGACAGAGCCGCGUGGUUAGAUAGCUGUAUUUACCUGAUUUAGAUAGUGUACCAAAUCACCUUGAGACAGCUGAGCAGCCAGGGGGCCGAGUCAUUUGCCAGAAUAGCGGGGAGUUCGGGAAGCAGGGGCCGAAGACAGGAGGUCGGCGAGGCCCAGUCCCCACUGCGGGAGAGGAUCCAGCUGGGGGUCGCAGGGUGGUCUCUCGUCUCGUCUUCCUCAGUUCUUCUCAGCCCCCGAGUCCUUCUUGCCCUCCCCUCCCCAUCCUUCCAGUUCCCUUGAACCACUGCCUGUCCGACUCGGCCGUCUCACCCCAUUUCUUCCUUUUUAUGACUCUCGAGGGUGGGUUUCACUUGGAAGGCUUUCGGCUGAGCUCCCCCAGGAAGGGGACUGUACUGGUGAGAAGCAGCCCUGAUUGACUGGUGUGCAGGGUGCAGACCUGGGGCGGAGCCAGGUCUACCCAAGCCACACAGGCUGCACAUCCCAUGUACUUGAACUUGUCCUGGUUGCCAUGUGGCCUGAAGCAGGACUGUAGGCCCUCCAGAUAACAAACGGGAGAAGCAUCUCCAGAUGGUUCAUGUCCAGGAGUCCCCUCGAUGCUGAGGCUCUCCCCGGGGCAGAGUUCCCCAGGCCUCGUUCUGUGCCAGGCCUCCCUGCUGUCCUCGGGGAGGGAGGCACCCACAGCGUGCACCCCGCCUGCCUGGGCCCCUGAGUGACCUGGCACAGGCCUGUGCUCCCAGGUGGCUGAUCUGUUUGAGCUCUGAGCUUGAGGUGAGCAAAGGGCUCAGGAGGGGACCCUCCCCCUGGCUGUGUCCUGGGAGUUCAAGGAAGGCAGUGCUCCCACCAAAGAGUUCUUGAUUACUGUUGAAAGGGGGAGCCUCAUCAUUUCCAGGAGAGAGCCAGAGGGUCUGGCUUUGCCUCUUUGUCUCCCAUCACUCCCCGCAGGACCUCUGGCCUGUGCUGCAGGGUCAGACCCAGGUGCUCUCCCAAGCAGGACUGGGGUGGGGGCUGAGCUGGAAGCAGGGCUCCUGAUGGUGAAGCCCCUUGGACCGCAGUCCGCCCUUGCCCUGGGGGCUGCGAUGUUCCCUCCUUGGUCUUGCAUGAUGUGCUUGUGAAAACGAAAGGGUAGCGCGCGGCGGGCUCAGUUCCUACACACAUUCCUGUGCUGGAGGCUUCGGUUCUCCUCCCCACAGAGCCGCCAGCCAGCCUGGGGCCGCCCCUUCUGUGGACGCCUGGAGGAGGACAGGUCAACACUAGGAGAUGCUAGAAACCCAGACAGCAGACACACAUCCCCUUAAAAUGCGUGAGCAUGGGAGAGCUUUGCCACCCUCAACUGAGGCUUCUGGCACUUUCUGCAGGGCUCUCCUGCGCGCUUCUCUGUUUCUUUCCCAUCAUCUGUCUCGGACCUGAACCCACCGUUGCCACACCCACAGUUGCCCUUAGUGGCCCAGAAGUAGGGGUCAGUGAUACAGGUACGUGAUGUGUUAUGUGGACAGUUAUGCAAUUCCGUGUCCCAUAGGGUGGUGUGCUACAGACUAUAUUUUAAGGUGGAGAAAGUUUCAAGGUUGAAGAUCUCAGAGCAGUGCUAAAAUCAAAGCUGUUUCCUGUGAAGAAAAAAAGUAUGUCUAUAUAUUGCACCUCAGAUUGUCAGAAGGUGGAAACUGAAAUAAAUUAUCUUUAAAAAAAG